GUAGUGCUGCGCGGGUCACGUGACAAUGGGCAGUCCUGCCAUCAAAACAAACAACGCACUGCAGAUGAGUUUAUUGGGCUUCGCUGCUUGGUUGUAGUUCAGGUCGUUUAGCUUCUGUCAUUGAUCAGAAAGUGAACUGUAGAUUUAAUAUCCCUCAUCAAGAGCUCUGCUUUUACUCGAAUGGAACAUGUCCAUGACAUCAGAUGCAUGUUAUUUUGGGCUGCUGGAAGGGCAAGAGGAGGACAUUAAGCCUCAGGCAGCAGUAACCAGGCGGAACCUGUUUGGCCCAGUGGACCACCAACAGUUGCAGCAAGACUUCCAGAGGCAUUUCUGCAUGAAUGUUGAGAUCGCCAAACAGCGCUGGAACUUUGACUUUCAGAGGGACCAGCCAGUCCCCGGCUGCAUUGAGUGGGAGGAGCUGCAGUGCCAGGAUGUGCCAGUGUUCUACCAUAGCUGUGUGGUCAGGCCCAGUAUGGCAAUGCAGACAACAGUGGAAGCUUGUUCAUCUCCAGCUAUGGCCACAGAGAAAUAUCUAGAGCUGCGGACCAGAGGAACUUUGAAGGGAACCAAGUCAGAGAAGAGAAUGGCUGCAUUGCUGGGGGUCAAACGCAGACAAGCAAACAUCACAGACUUUUUCAGAGUGACAAAAAGAAGGUUUCCUGAUCACAAAACUUCAUCAGGACAGUAAACAGACAUUUGACCUUUUUGUAUAAAUGUACAUACACUAUCGGCACAUGUAGCUGUUCUAACUGACCAGCAAAGGCUUAAUUGGAUGUAUAUACUGUACAUACACACACACAGAUACAUAUUAUAUACACAAAUGUGUAUGUAUAUAUUUCAAUAAACACCGUGCCUAUUUAA